GUGCAGAACGGUAUUCGUACUCGUACUUACCUGACCAGCGGGAUACGUCCCGGAUCCGAGCACCGAGACCGAGCUGACACCUUCGCAUACUUUWCCCGCACACCAUUACUAUUCUUCCACUCCCCGAAUAUUCGGCCAAGCAACCCAGGCACAAGGAAAUCCAUCGAAAGCACCGAUUGCACCGCACCAUUUCGUCGAAUCUGCUCUAGCGAAGAACMCGUCGAAAAGAUUCCGAAAGAUUCGUUUUUGUUCACGGAGCCGCGAAUCGAGUUUUGGGUUCGAUAGAAACACACACUCGCACGCCCGCAAGCAAGAUGAAGUUGGGACUGCGGUAUUCGCUCGCGGCAACAACCAUUCUGUCGCUGGUGGCACUGCCACCGAUCACUGCGUGGUCCACCGGAAGCAGCGGCACCGGCAGGACGACGACGACGACGAUCCCGACGACGAUCCCAACGACGCGCGGCAGAACCACAACCGCCAGGGUCAGGCGGAUGCCCGCGGCGUUYCCCCUGGAGGCAUCCAGGACCCCCGAAACCGAUGCUCUUCCGCGGUUUUCGUCGCUCUUCAACCGAACCGGGGAAAGCCGAAUGGACAGCGGCAUCGACCAAACGAACGACGACGGCGGCGCGGCCUAUUCGGUGCAGCAACGAGCGUUUCGGUUCGGGAACCAGAACAAGGACCGGAACAUCGACAACUUUGACCAAGGAGGAACCGAAACGGCGGACGCGGCGGAGACCGACGGAACCUCGGUCCCGGCGGUGGCCCUUGCCGGACUGGCAGCGGCGACCGGGCUGCUGGUCCUCGUCUCGCAGGGGGCGGAUCCCACGGAUCCCUCCUCGGUGCUGGCGACGGGGAGCGCGCUGGCGGCCRCCGCGGGKGAAACCCUUUCGGAUCCCAGCGCCGCGYUGGACCGCGUCGUGGAGCUGACCGAGUCCAUGGGGCCGCUGGGGGUGGCCUAUUUCGGGGUGGCCUACUGCAUCGCCGAGAUCCUCGCCAUCCCCGCCAUUCCCCUGACGGCCUCGGCCGGGUACCUCUUUGGGCCCGUCCAGGGGACCGCCGUGGUGCUCCUGAGCGCCUCGGUGGCCGCGGGGGUGAGCUUCUGGAUCGGCCGCACCUUUCUGCGGGAAUACGUCGAGGGCCUCCUGGAGGAAAACCCGAGGUUUGGCAAGCUGGACAAGGCSAUCGGCCGGGAGGGCUUCAAGCUGAUGCUGCUGCUGCGGCUCUCGCCCAUUUUCCCCUUUGCCCUGAGCAACUACCUGUACGGCGCGACGUCCAUCAACUUUUCGGCCUUYUUCGGCGGGACCCUGCUGGGCUUUGCGCCCGGAACCAUCGCCUACGUCUACACGGGGUACGUCGGGAAGGCCCUCACGGGGGACGCCGGGGGCGACGCCUACCCCUGGUACGUCUACGGCGGGGGCCUGGCGCUGUUUGCGGCCUUUCUCAAGGUGGUGGCGGACGAGGCCACGAGGGUGGUCCGGGAGAUCGAGGCGGAGGAGGACGAGGCCCUGGCGGCCCUGGAAGCCACCAAGAGGUGAACGGACGCGGUUGCGUGGGGUGCGGUGCGGUGCAUUACGGUGCCGCACCGGGGUGGAGCAGAUCGGAUCCAAGAACGAUUCCAUUCGGUUGGAUCGAUCGUGGCUCCCCGUUCGGUUCGGUUUGUUGCGUUGCGUUGCGUUGAGUUCCCGUCGUGGCAGAGACGCACACUGUGCCUUUUGCCGAUUGGGAGACACCCGUGGAUGGCAACCAAGGAAACGUCGGCUCGUUUCUUCGAACGGCAAACGGGCAAGCAAGCGAAUUUGCUAGCCAGCGUUGCCCAUGGGAUUGCAAGCUAGCAAGCCUCUUCCAUUGUGAGUAUCGAUGGCAGAARCAUGCUUGUUUUGUGUAUGACCGACCGAGCGACCCAAGCGAAACACWAGAGACCGAUGAUUACGRUGCACAGGAUGGCUGUGCCGAGAGAUGAAASAAUAAARUAAUAAAAGAACG